GAGAUUUCCUAGUUCAAAGAUGGUUGAAGCUCUCAUUCUUCACUCGAGUAAGAGAGCUAGGUUACUUCUGAUUCUUAGUUUCUUUGUAUUCAUGAGUAUAUCCUAAACGAGGCAAGCUAUCCUUUUCAUGUGUUUGCAUCCAGGAGAAACUGCAAAUAGCACUCAAAACUCAAAACUCAACAUUCUUACACAAAUGCCGCGCAUGGCAGUUACUCGAAAAGUAUAGUUCAAGCCUUAAAUGGUGAUAUUUCAACCUUGGGCAAAGAUUGCUUCAUGACGCGCCGCCACCAUCACAAAUGCGAGAUGGGCUAUUGUGUGCUGGUGUGGAAAUCGACACCUAACAACGUCUGACAGCUUCGUAUUCGAUGCCCAAAUGGCUAUCAGAUAAACGAGGUAUAGGAUACUCGGGUACCCAAUGAAAGAAUGUUAUCGUCAUCAUAGUCAGCUUGGACACCAGUUGAAACCUUAAAGGUUUACCAACGAGCACUGCAACUUUUCCCAACAAUCCUCAAGAGUUCCCGUAUAAUCCAUCACAUAACACCGUGAAAUCACCAAGAGACUAAAGAUGGCGUCCGAAAACAACACGGACGUCCUCAUAAUCGGCGCUGGACCCACCGGCCUAAUACUCGCUCUCGAGCUCUCCCUCCAGGACAUCCCCUUCCGCAUCAUCGACUCUUCACCAUCUCGCUCCCCUUACAGCCGCGCCUUUGCUAUCCACCCACGCAGUCUUGAAUUACUCAGUCGCCAUGGAGGAAUCCUCCCAAACCUCGUCAAACGCGGAACCUUCAAUUUAUCCGUGCAGCUUUUCUCCAACAAAAAGCCGAUCUUCACUAUCAAGCUCCAGGACACGCCGUUCAAGGACUCGAUGCUCCCUGGUCCUUUGUUCGUCAGUCAGGCGAUCACGGAGGAGAUUAUGGCCGGUGCUUUGUCCGGGUAUGGGAAGGCUGUUGAAUGGGGUGUCACGGCUGUGAAAGUCGAACAGGACGAUAAUGGUGCCGAUGUGGUGUUGCAGCAUGCUAAUGGCAGUGACGAGACCAUCCGAGCAAAAUACGUCGUGGGUUGCGACGGUGCGCAUAGCAUCGUACGAAAAGCAGCAGGGCUGAGCUUCGAAGGCGCUGCAUACCCUCAAGAUUUCAUCCUUGCGGAUGUACACCUGAAAUGGGAGCACAAAACCAACCUCCACAUCUUCAUCGGCCAUUACGGACUCCUAGCUGCUCUUCCCUUACAGAAUGGAGUUUUUAGACUCAUUUGCUCGCGUCCAUUUGAGACCGACAAAGAAACUGAACCCACGCUUAAUGACUUCAGGGCCGCGAUCAAGCAGCAAGUUCCUGGUGAAGUUGAAAUCAGCAACCCAAUCUGGAUGACAAGGUUCCGUAUCCAUCAUCGCAUUGCUUCAAACUACCGCUCAGGACGCCUCUUCGUCGCAGGUGAUGCAGCACAUAUCCACAGUCCAGCUGGAGGACAAGGAAUAAAUACCGGUAUCCAAGACUCUGUCAACCUAGGCUGGAAACUAGCCAGAGUUCUCCGUGGUCAAAGUCCCGACUCUCUACUCGAUAGCUAUAGUAUUGAGAGACACAAGGUCGGUCUGGCGAUUCUACACGGUACAGACCGUAUAUUCGAGAUGAUGGCUACCACUAAUCCCAUAUUUCUGUUCUUGAGAAAUUGGUUGGUGCCGUGGGUUGUCCCAUUUGUCAUGGGUAAUGCAGAGAGGAGAGCGAACAGAAUGAGAUUCGUCUCACAAUUAGGGAUCAGAUAUCGAGAGAGUCCCAUUGUGGGAAAUUCGAGGAAUUGGAAUGGAAAGCUGAGGGGUGGUAAUCGAGCUGCUGAUGGGAAGUUGAUUGCGUCUGGUGAGGAGACAACAUUGAUUGGCUUACUCAAAGGCCCAGGGUAUCGCAUGUUGCUGUUUUCAGGGAUUGGUGAAGGCAGUUUUGGCAUAGAAGAGCUGCGCGAGACUGGGUCCACCUUGAUUGAAAGCAAAGAGAAUGUCACAGUCCACAAAAUCUUGAAUUCGGAGGACAAAAGUGGAGAGGGCCUUGUGGAUGUGGGUGGAGAUUUGCACGAAUGGUACGGAUUCGAAGAGCCUGGAUUCGUUCUGGUGAGACCAGAUGGAUAUAUUGGUUUCAUUGGAUAUCUCAAAGAUCAGGACGGCCCCAUUCAACUAGCAUAACUUCACCCCUCCAACGUUAAUAUAUUUCUCAGGAAGAGCUUCUGGCAGCAAGUUACGGCCCAGCUCCAGCUUGGGUAAUCGGGUAUGUUACCAGAUAAAGGCCUCGGCUCAGAUUGGUGGGCAAGACGAUUUGUUUACAUUCAUCAGCAAGCGAACCACUCAUACCUUUCGCUUAAUUAAGCUCCCAGAUAAGAACGCUGUCCCACUUCACAUGAGUGGACAGACUUCUGAGUCUCCUCUCCAAUCAAAUAUCAUAUCAGCAUGCAAAUCACUAGUUCUUGCAUCCGAGCUAAGUAUGUACGUACAUAUGUAUGUCAUCAUAAGAU